AUGGAUAAUGUUUCAGUAAUAACUAUGUUUACUCUUUCAGGUUUAAGUGAGACAACACACUACAGAAUUAUUCUCUUUGCUCUGACGUUGUUGUGUUACUCGGUGAUAUGGCUGGUAAAUCUGACCAUUAUUGUGACAGUCAUUGCGGACAAAAAGCUCCACGAGCCUAUGUACAUCUUCCUCUGCAACCUGUGCAUCAAUGGACUCUACGGGACAGCAGGCUUUUACCCCAAAUUCCUCAUGGAUCUACUGUCUCCUUCACACGUUAUCUCUUAUGCCGGAUGCCUUGUGCAGGGUUUUGUGUUGCACUCUUCAGCUUGUGCUGAUUUCUCUCUUCUGGUGCUCAUGGCUUACGACAGAUAUGUGGCUAUAUGUCGCCCUCUCGUGUACCACUUGGUGAUGACUAAAAUGAGAUUGUGUGUUUUUGUGUUUUUUGCCUGGCUUGUUCCCUUUUCCCUGAUACUCAUAAGCACAGUUACAACUGCAAGAUCACGGUUAUGUGGCUCACACAUACCAAAGAUCUUCUGUGUUAAUUGGUUAAUUUCUAGACUGGCUUGUUCUGCCUCCGUGGCAACAAUUAUAAUCCCAGCCUUUAAUUAUACUUUUUAUUUUGGCCAUUGUGUGUUUGUUUGUUGGUCUUAUAUAUACAUGAUCAGAACAUGCCGGAAGUCCAAAGAGAACAUGAGAAAGUUCAUGCAGACAUGUGUACCACAUUUGUUCUCUUUAAUCAUUGUAGUUGCUUCUUUGCUGUUUGAUUUGUUGUACAUGCGAUUUGGUUCCAAAGAUUUACCACAAGGUGCGCAGAAUUUAAUGGCAAUAGAAUUUCUCCUUAUUCCUCCAAUUGUUAAUCCCCUGAUAUAUGGUUUGAAACUGACAAAAGUAAGAAACAGCAUUCAAAAUGUCAUGUGUAAUAAAAACUCACAAGUUGGUUUGCAGAAAUGA